UCUGUUCUGUUGUCAAAGUCAAAAGUCAUUUGAAUAUCUGAACAUUUAAAUAAAUAAUAAACAUUACCUUUAUUUUGUUUUAAACUUGUAAUAAUGGCUGGGGAAGUAAUAGUUGAUGCUUUGCCAUAUAUAGAUCAAGGUUAUGAUGAGCCAGGAGUUAGAGAAGCGGCUUUUGCUAUGGUGGAAGAAGAGUGUAGAAGAUUUAGGCCAACCAAAAACUACCUGGAACAUCUUCCUCCACUUAACAUAUCAUCUUUUGAAACUCCUAUUAUGCACAAUGAGUUCGAAAGGUUGCAGAAUCGAUUACCUAUGGAAACCUUGUCUAUGAAACGUUAUGAACUUCCACCACCUCCAAGUGGAAAACUAAAUGAAGUGGGUGCCUGGAAUGAAUGUGUAGACAACUCACAAGCUCAGCUAGAACAUCAAGCUGUUAGAAUUUUAAACCUGCAUCUUAUGUUAGACUACUGUUGUCCUGCGUGGCAAAGAUAUUUACAAACUUUAAGUGAUUUAGAAAAGAUGUCUUCAAAAAAAUUGGCUGACCUAAGACAACAGUUACAAGAAGUAAAUUGGCAGAGAAAAUCACUACAGACUAAAGGUGGUGAUCAACUGAAGGCUCUAGAGACUAAAUGGGUAGCUUUGGUAUCUCAUAAUUAUGAAAUUGAGCAAGCUUGCGUUUUGGCAGAAGAAUACAUUGCACAAGUUAAACAGAAUCCCAGCAUUUUGAAGUAUGGACAGACCCAAGAAGCUUCUGCUUAAUUAGUAUAAAACAAAAUAGUUUUAAAUUUUAUAUGUAAAUAUAAAUAAAUAAAUUUUUCAAGAAAA